AUGACCGAUGCUCAGAUCGCUGGCGGCCACAAGGCUACCAUCAACAACCCCAACACCUCCCAGGAGGCCAAGGAGCACUCCAAGAAGGUCCUCCAUGAGGAGUUCAACGACGGCAAUGUCUCCAAGGCCGGUGACAACAAGGAGAAGAACCCUGGUAAUGUUGCCGGUGGUCUUAAGUCGACCCUGAGCAACCCCAACGCUUCGGACGAGGCAAAGGAGUCUGCCAAGGACCGCCUCAACAAGAUGGGCGAAUAA